GCACAGCGGCAGUUCCAACAACUUACAAGUAACAAACACUUCUCCCUUCCUUCCUCCGCACUCCACCUCCGCGGCGUCGCCAUGGACGCCGACCUCGUGCAGCGCUGCCUCGAGGCCGGCGGCCGCGACCUCCUCCUCCAUCACCCCUCCUCUCCUCCCUCCCCGUCCUCCGCCUCCGCCGCCGCAUCCUCAUCCAUCCUCCAGUCCCUCCCCCUCCACGUGUCAUUCGACCGCGGGUACUACCUCCUUGUGAAGGCGAUCCAGGAGCUGCGCGCGCGCAAGGAUGGGCAGGUCGUCACCGUCGGCAUCGGCGGACCCACCGGUUCUGGCAAGACCAGUUUGGCGGAGAAGGUGGCGUCGGUCCUUGGGUGCGUCGUGAAUGUCUCCAUGGAGGACUACCGCACGGGAGCUGGUGGCGACGACGGCAACAGCGACAUCGAUGCCAUCGAUUUCGACGCACUCGCGCGCAACCUUCAGGAUCUUGUAAAGGGUAACGAUACGAUGGUGCCGCUCGUUGAUUUUCAAGAGAAGAAGCGUACAGGAUGGAGGCAACUGAAGAUUUCUUCAUCUGGAGUGGUGAUUGUCGAUGGUGCGUAUGCUCUGCAUUCAACACUAAGAUCAUUGCUUGAUAUCCGGGUUGCUGUGGUUGGUGGCGUUCAUUUUAGCCUGCUCUCUAAAGUUCGGCAUGAUAUUGGAGAUUCUUGCUCAUUGGACUAUCUAAUCGACAGCAUAUUUCCAUUGUUUAGGAAGCACAUUGAGCCAGACCUGCAUCAUGCACAAAUUAGGAUUGAUAACAGCUUUGUCUGUUCAUUCCGAGAACCUUACUACAAGAUAAAGUGCAAAAAUGAGUCACCAGAUGGCACAAAGUUCUAUUCUUUUGACCAAAAUAAAGCAGAAACUGAGAACUUUAUUGAGAUGUACCUUAGGCCACCUUUUGCUUCUGAAGAAAUGAAGAUCGAUGAUUGGAUUAAAGUUAGACAAUGUGGAAUAAGAUACUACUUAUCUCUUGGAGACCAGAGGAUUGUUGACAAAUACUUCAUAAUUCGUCCAAAAGCUGAGUUUGAGGUUGGACGGACAACUCUUGGAGGAUUGUUGGCCUUGGGAUACAGUGUUGUUGUUAGCUUUAAACGUACAAGCACGUCUGUCAAUAGAGAUCAAUUACUGAUAGCGGCAGAGACCAUCGACACCCUAAAUGAGACCUUUUUGGUGUUAAAAGGCCCAAGUAGAAAGAUUGUUGCAGCAGAAGCUUCCAAGCUUGGUAUAAAGGGACCAUGGAUCACAAAGUCAUACCUAGAAAUGAUAUUGGAUAGCAAAGGGGUUCCACGACUCAAUACACCGCCACCAGUCUCUAGCACACUUCUAACUGAAAGCCAAGAAAAGAAAAUUGCUGCACCUAAACCAAUUCGUGUUUCUGCCAAAAAUGUAAAUCUUGAUGAUUUGAUGCAACCGUGGACGAGAUCCCCGCCCAAAAAGUUGGAGCAGGAACAUGUUCUGGCAAAAUGGCAGUUUAUCCCAGAUUCUUCUUCAAGAUGUAAUGUCCAGCUAGCUCCUCUGCCAGAUUCUUAUGACUUGGAUAGGGGCCUCCUUCUAUCAGUUCAGGCAAUUCAGGCAUUGUUAGAGAACAAAGGAUAUCCUGUCAUUGUUGGGAUUGGUGGUCCUAGUGGAUCAGGAAAGACAAGUUUAGCUCAGAAGAUGGCAAAUAUAAUUGGCUGUGAAGUUGUAAGCUUGGAAAGUUAUUACAAGCCUGAACAAGUGAGAGAUUACAAGUAUGAUGAUUACAGCUCAUUGGACAUUGCUUUGUUGACUAAGAACAUUAUGGAAAUCAGAAAUAGUCAUAAGGCGGAAGUUCCUUCCUUCGACUUUGAAAAUUUCAGCAGAAAGGGGUUCAAGGAGCUUCAAGUCUCUGAGGAAAGUGGAGUGGUAAUCUUUGAAGGUGUCUAUACUUUACAUCCUGCUAUAAGGAAAUUGUUGGAUUUGUGGAUUGCAGUUGUUGGUGGAGUUCAUUCACACCUUAUCGCAAGAAUACAGAGAGACAAGAAUCGUGCUGGCUUUUCUAUUUCCCAGACUGAAAUCAUGACCACCGUGUUUCCACUGUUUCAGCAAUACAUCGAACCACAUCUUGUCCAUGCUCAUCUUAAGAUUCAGAAUGAUUUUGAUCCUGUGCUCUCUCCUGAAAGCUCACUUUUUGUGUUAAAAAGUAAAAAACAGGUGUCCUACCAAGACAUACUGAAGGUACUAGAUGCUAGUAAAGUCUGCAGUUCUGUCCAGAACUUUACUGAUGUGUACUUAAGGCUUCCUGGCGUACCAUUUAAUGGACAGCUCACAGAAGGCGAGUGUAUCCGGGUCAGAAUUUGUGAAGGAAGAUUUGCACUGUUAAUACGAGAGCCUAUACGGGAAGGAAAUUUUAUUAUCCAGCCAAAGGUUGAUUUUGAUAUCAGUGCCAGCACUGUGGCAGGGCUUCUUAAGCUUGGUUACAAAGCUGUUGCAUAUAUUGAAGCUUCUGCUGUGAUUUACCAAGAUGGAAAGAUUUUAAUAGAAGUUGACCACCUACAAGGCGUGGCGACUCCAUAUCUUCAAAUUAAAGGGACAAAUAAAGACAUAGUUUCCUCUGCUGGUUCUGCACUCAGUUUGGAUGGUUCAUACACAACAAAGAGCUAUCUUCAAAUUAUUUUGGAGAGCUUACCAGCUGAUGAAAAUGUUUCGGUUGGUAUUCACAAUCAACAAGCUGCAAGGCUGCAGGAACUGGUUGAGUUCAUCCAGUCUCAGGGAGGGAGCUUCAAUUCAGAUUCGUCUUCACCUAUGCGAGAAAUUUCUUCGACAGAUAGUGUUCUUGAUGAUAUGCAAUCCAGGAUAAGGAAGCUUGAGAGAUGGAAUACAAUAAAUAUGGUAUUGUGGACUAUAUUACUAUCUGCUCUUGUUGGAUAUUCGCUUUACCAAAAAAGACGUCACUGACUAAGUGAUAUGGUUGACCUCGACUGAACAAUGAUUAAUUUUGCUUUGAGCAGUGAUCCAAAAGGUUUGAAAAAUGACACUAGGUUUGCAAUUGCUCUUUCAGAAAGUUGCAUAUUGAUACUAUCUUCUAUAAAUUUGAAGGGUUUUUUGGGGAAACGCUGCGGUGAUGUUUCGGUACUGAUGAUACGGAUCAUUUGAUAGUUUUACUGGUAGGGUAGGACAUACAAUUCAUGGUGUUUGCUGAACUGAAGAAAAUCAUGCACACCACAGGCACAAAGUAGCUUAGGUGAAGUCCUAAAACAAAUAGCAUUCCUAACUGUAACUACUGAUCUGAGACAUGCGAGGUGAUGGCCACCCGCUUUCCAUCCCAAAUGCAUGUUUUUCAGCUUGAUGACUCCAUGUCUGAAAUAACAGCUGGAGAAAAGGAAAACCCUAAUGCUGAAUGUUUAAUUCGUAUAAUCUUUUUCAUGUUCAUCUUCGCUUAAAAGUGCCUUCUACUUUUUUGUUUUUCAAAUAUUCUUUUUUGUGCAUUGUAUAGGUAGGUAGUGCUUAGAAUGUGAAUUUUUCUUGUUUCAUUGUAUGUGUCAUUGCCUGUGAAAUUUCUAAGAUUUUUGUAUGAUUCUUGAUUCAGGUCACUGGUUGAACAAAAUCUUAUGAAAAUCUGUUUUGCCCUUUGAAUUAUGACCGAGUUUGAGUAAACCCUCCUUACAAAACUCGAUAACCACGCCCCCAAACUCUAAAAUAACUGGAUAAAUUACUCCCAUUGAUCAUUUCAAAAUGGUUUUUAAGGUUGUUUUGUUAAUGUGUGCCAAUGGACCCCACAUGUCAUAUUCCACCUGACAGAAUUAUAAUCUUUUUAGGGGUUUUUUCACAAGAUUUUUAUAGUAAAGCACUUAAGGGUGUUCCAUAAGAUUUCGUAUCGAAAAAAUUAGUGGUUGAUUUCUCACAAGCGGGGCUCGUGGCCUGGCUGCUAGUGGCCAUGGCCAUAGGUGUGGCCUUGGGUAAGCUAAGGACUAUGCCGUUGCUGGGUUGGCCCGUGACGAGGUGUGCCUACCAGCUUUAGGGCUAGUUUGGGAGCCCAUAUUCCCGGCCUUUUCCCGGCUUUUUCCCCGGGUUGGCAAUCCACGUGGGAAUCGCUCCCGGCCCAAUUUUCCCCACCGUUUGGAAGCCCACCCGCAGGGGGGGGGGCGCAACCCGACCCCACCGUUUUCCCCGGGGACCGCAUCCGGGCGUCGCCAGCCGUCCUCCUCCUCGUCCAGGUGCCGCCGGCCGUCCUCCUCCACCGCCGCUCCAUCCUCGUCGCUGCUCCGCCUCCCCGUUGGCUGCAACACUCCCGCCCCCUCGGAGGUCUCGAUCUACAGCCGUCUCUCUAGCUCGGUCGUCUCUACCUCGUCUUCCUCAGCACCCAUCUUGCUGCCUUCAAGGACGUCAUCUCCAAGAUCCACUACGAGAUUAUUGUCUCCUAACUUUUUUGGAUCAGGAAGCCAAAACUAGAUAGCAGAUUGUGUUGUCAGUAGUUGGGUUGGAUAAUAGCUUAGCCUUAGCCUGAUUUUCAUUGACUCUGUUGAUGAUGUAGAGGAUUUUGGUUGCUCUUUUUUCCCCUUCUGAUUGUUGAUGUAGAGAACCAAUUAGAUAGUGAAUCUUGUAGCAUUAACUUUGGUUUGCAAUCUAUGCUUAUUUUAGCUA